ACAUGAUCAUUUCGAUAAUUUUUCUAGUCAUAAUGAUUAUGCCAAUUACAUUUUUGGAUGCUGAUCCUGAAAUAUUACCACCAAUGAAUCUAUCAACAUUUCGAGAUUCACCAUUAUUGCGAAGUAGAAAACGUAUUUCGGAUAUAAAUACUGCUGCUGCCGCCGCUGCUGGUCGCGGUGGUGGUGGUGGUGGUGGUAUGGCCAUUCCAUUAUCACCAUUACCGAUUGAACAAAAUCAUGAUUUCAUUACGGAUCGUGUAAGCAUGAACUUGGAAUGUCGACCAAAAUCAAUGUUAAUGUCAAUGAAUUUUUCUGAACCAUUUCGUGGUGUUGUAAGUGUUGGCAAAAGUACAUUUGGUACAUAUGAACAAAAUCAAGAAUGUGCAUUACGUGGUGAUGGUCGACGAACAUAUUCGUUGCAAAUAUUUCAUAAUCGAUGUCUGACACGAUUCGAUAAAAAACAUGGCCAAUUCAUCAAUACAUUGUUUGUACGUUAUCAUCCAACAUUAGAAACCGGUGGUGAUUAUUCCAAAACAUUAAUCUGUAAAUUUGGUCUUGUCGAUUUUAGUGUCAAUUAAAAUUCAAUGUGUAUUUGAUAAUUAGGAAUAAUCAAUUUUCAUUAAUGGUGAUUAAUUUAAUUUAAUU